AUGGGCUGGCAGGACUCUGACCCCUCAGAUGACGAGAACAAUCAACGAGACGAGUCACCACCUACUUCACGAAAGCGAAGUAGCCGGGCCUGCGAUCAAUGCCGCAAGACUAAAAGCAAAUGCGAGAGGGGAAACAGCGAAUCCAAGAAGUGUAAGAGCUGUGCUCUAGCAGGUACAGCCUGCACCUUCCUCGGUCCAAGCUAUAAGCGUGGCCCUCCGAAAGGCUAUAUUCAUGCUAUCGAGCAGCGGUGGCAUCAAGUCGAAGCGCUAUUGGGGGCAAUUCUUCAAUGCUCAGACGAAAGGGUUCAGGGCAUCGUUUCCGAGUUGCGACAGGAUGAUCUUGCUCGGGAGAUUCUAGGGCGAGUAGACUCGGGUCCUUAUGGCCCAUCUGGACGCAGAGCACAACCCGCGGACGCCACGAAAGAAGACUUCUUUGCCUCUAUCAUGAAAAGUAACGAGAAUGGCCAGGGUGACUCUUCCCGGGCAAGGAGGCAGUCUCGAGUGUCUCGGGAAAUCGUAUCCUCUAACCAAGAUCACGGUCUUUCCGUUGUACCAACGAAGGAGUGGCAGGAUAACCUCUCGAAACGAUUGGCUUUUGGUCAAAGCUCAAGUUCCGGGUCCAUAGAUGGAGAUGCUGUCCACGUUCCCCGACGCCGGCGGCUGAACGGCAGUAGCGACCAAACGCCAGCGGAGUGGAAUGCUCUCUAUACGAUAGAGCCUUCGUCAGACCCAGAUGACCUCAAGAGUGCUACUGAUGGUAUGGGCCAACUAUCAUUAGAUGAACACCAGGAGAUCCGUUUCCACGGACAAGCCAGUGGGUUGCAUAUUCUUGGGAGUCAGGACAGAAACGACGACCGAAUAGACGGUGGUGUCUGGCGACUACCAAUGGCCAGAGUAUGGCCUCCAUCUAAAUUCGGACUUAAGACAUAUCCUCUGGCGAACGUCGACGUCGAGCUCCCUCCACAAGAUGUGCAAGAUCAGCUCAUCAAGCAAUAUUUCACUUGGAUUCACCCAAUAUUCCCUGUCAUCCACAAGACACGAUUUUUGACAGAAUAUAAUGCCAGAAAAAAGAGCGAGGGUCGAGAAAUCAGUCCUAGUCUAAGUACAGCUUCGGUUUACUCCUCCCCGAGGCCAGAGCCCACACAGGAAGUUACUACUCUGUUACUCAUCUCUAUUUUCGCUAUCGCGGCACGGUUUACCGAUGAUGACCUAUCUCACCCCUCUGGUCCUGAGAGUAAUAUGUGGGAUGCGGGAUGCGAAUACGUCGAUGUCGCAUGGAAGCUUUUGCCCAAGGUUUUCCACAUCUCGCGUCCGUCGACAGUACAAGCCCUUCUUCUCCUGGGAUAUCGCGAGUUCGGGAUUGGCUCAAUGGAGCAAGGCUGGAUCUUUAUUGGCACCGGGAUUCGAAUGGCCUUUGAUCUAGGCCUAAACUGUGACUCGUCAAAAUGGAAGAUGCAUGGCCACGAUAUGUUCUCUCCAGAAGAGACCCAAGUUCGUCGACAAAUAUGGUGGGCUUGCAUUCUGACAGACCGCUACGGAUCGAUGUAUAUGGGUCGGCCCAUCAUGAUAAAAGACCAAGAUUUCGAGACACCAUUACCAACCGCUGAUAUCGUGGACGAUCGUCAACCUUGGCAGCCGACAUUGACUAAAGACGACAUUCCCUACGGAACUGUACCCACCAAAACUAUGAGCGCGUUCCGCGUGUCAGCGAAACUAGCCGUCAUUGUGGGCGCUGUGAUCACCCGCAUUUAUCCCAUUGCUCCUUCGUCGGGUGCUGCGAGACAUGCAGCGCUCGUGGAUCUCGAGAGCCAGCUUGAUCAAUGGUUCAUUGCUCUCCCAGAAGAGUUGCGAUAUGACGCCACUAGCAAACGUCCCCCGCCUCCCCCGCAGGUCUUAUAUGUGCAUGUGCGCUACUGGGGCGGAGUGCUGCUCCUCCAUCGCGCUUUCAUACCUAACUGGAAAGGUCAUGAAAUAAAGGAAGCCUUGCAGAAGUCAACUGUUGGGAUGCGAGCGUUUGAUCUGGCUCACGCAGCUGCCUGUCAUAUUGGCGCUUUGGUUACGGCUUGUCGUGAAACCUUCACCAUGCGGAGGAGUUCCCCGUUCCUCACAUCUUAUCUUCUGAGCGCGUCCGUCUUGCACAUUCUAGCCCUCAUCAUCAGACCCGACAACGUGGAGGCUAACUAUGGACUUCAGCAAAACAUGGUCUCCCUAAAGGAGAUGGCGGUUGUUUGGCCUAGUGCUGCUCGGGCUUGGGAACUCCUAAACGGCGUUCGUAUCCGGACCCACGCGCACCCAUCGCCCCCUCUUGCACCGCAAUAUGAAUAUCCGGACCGAAACAAAAGGGGAGCGCACGACGCGUUUGGAGAAGAGAAAGCAUCCGACUUUCUACAGCGCGAAGCAUUUGGUUCCCCUGCAACAUCUGGGGCUCCACAAACGACUCACGACAAUAAUCAUAAUCUCGAAGACCUGGGCGGUGUUCAUGAUAUAAGCACCCGACUGAUGGCUCACAUGCUUGGACUCGAAAUUCCCGGCGUCGAGCCAUCAACGUCGUACUAUCCUGGUUACGAAUGGUGGCCGAGAAUGAACCAGGGGACGCUGCAGCAACAUUUGGCCAACAACUCCCACCAUUUGACCUAUCCGUCUGGUACGGAUUUUAGUGCGGAUUUGCCGGUCCAAGCAAGCGCUACGCACCACACGACGGGGUCCAACAAUUGGAUGCCAAAUGCGCCUACUGCGGCCGGAGACUACGGUAUGAAUCAGUUGAACUAUCCAUACGAUUUCGGGCAUUAUGGAGUGUGA